AUGAAGGAGGUGAGUUUUGUCUUCAUGUCGUCUACCCUACAUCUUCAGAGUCAAAGCGAAAAUUAAGAAAAGAACACCAUCAUCAGAAACAGAAUAUUUAUCUGAUAUCAUGUACAACACCAUGGAAAAGCUAGGCGUCUUUCGCCAGGCCUUUCACAAACAUUGUCUAAAUGGCAAUCACACCCGAAAACUCUUGAAAAGAAUAGAGGAAUUUGAUGCCAAUGCAAAAACAAAGGCGGGAAAAAGAUUGUCAGAAGUGUCAAGAGUUGUCGAAAACUCCAUCGAAGUUUUAAAAACACUCCGAAAAGUUCAGGACUACACCCAGGCCAGAAAAUUUUCAGCGGUAGGAAUCGAAGAGUUCAAAACAUUAAUUAAAGAACUAACGGAGCAGUUAAAUCAGCAUUUUUCUCAUGAAAAGCCGGGCCACAAGUUCCAUCAGACAAUCUUGCAUAUGACUGACUUUAUGGACCGGCACAAGACUGUCAAUUUCUUUAGCGAACAGGCAAUCGAGAGCACCCAUGCAAUGGUAAAUAGAGAUAUGUUAAGAAUAAAGACGAGUGAUCAGAGCAGAAUUGUAAGUUAGCCCAGCAAAAAGCGUUAAGUAUAAACUAAAAACAACACAGGCGUUAAUAACGAGAAUAAAGAAAAACGGUAUUAAAACCCCCUCUUUACAGGCAGACAGCUUACUGCGAUGGGCGCACGAACGGACGGUACUAUACGACGAGUUUGGGAUUGACACAAGCCAAAUCGAUGAAGAUAUUGAUGAAUCAGAGAACACCGAAAUUUUUUAA